UCAUUUCGUAGUUAAAAUAUAUCCGUUGUUAGGUGUUUGUAUUUUGCGGCGCUGUGCCAGAGACGUUACAAACUUGGCGAUGUUUCAGAGUUUGCCUUUGAGUGGGCUUUGCUGCCUUCAGGGGUACUAAAAGUGUCGUACUUCUGAUAACACAUCAUAAUAACUCAGGAACAAAGUGGUGUAUCUUUGGGAAAGCUGGUAGAGGUUCUGGAGUGUUCGCUGAAACAGCCAGUGUUGCUUAGAGGCAGCAUUUUUAUAUAAGACCGGUAUAACUGAAAUAAAAACACUAAACAAAAUGACAGUACUCAUUUGUGUCACGGUAUCAUCAGCCAGCAGUAACUUGAGAGAUUAAUAGAAAUAACCACAACUUAAAAGCUUCGUUUAUGCAUUGUUUCCGACCAAAUACACUUUAUCUGGAUGAAUGUAAAAAAACAUUUUUACCGCUCGAAAACUCUUAUGUACCAUAACAUUGAAGGCACCACGUCUACCUUAGCGUGAUUUAGCCAUUUGGCAUUUUCCGGCCUGGAUUUUUAACCGCAGAGGAACAAACCAGUACCCAUUUCAUCGAUGUCAGGGGACUUGUAAUGCACCACACAAUCUAUGUGUACUGUAUUUCUUGUGUCGUUGGCAUAGAGUCAAUGCAAAGGUUUUGUGGAAACUAAAAGAAGCUAAUACUAUCAGCAAACACGGAAAUGCCCUGGAUCACAUGGGUAUAUGAUAUCUGCGGUUGGAGACAUGGAACACCCAACUUGUAUUUUGGAGGAAAUGAAGCAGUUUGUCGUAGUUGAUGCCCUACCAACAGUGUAUUACAUCCCAGAUUUCAUAUCAGAAGAUGAAGAGUCCUAUCUUCUGCAGCAGGUCUACAAGUCUCCAAAGACUAAAUGGACUCAGCUGUCAGGCCGAAGGCUUCAGAACUGGGGAGGGUUACCACACCCCAAAGGCAUGCUGGCAGAGAAGAUUCCUGACUGGCUUCAGACGUACUGUGAGAAGAUUUCCUCUCUAGGUGCAUUCAGUGGGAAAACAGCCAAUCAUGUGUUGGUGAAUGAGUAUAAACAAGGAGAGGGAAUAAUGCCUCAUGAAGACGGCCCUCUGUACCACCCCACUGUCACCACCAUCAGUCUGGGCUCUCACACCCUCCUUGACUUCUACACACCUGUCAGUAGCCUGGAGGACGAUGCCCUGCAGACAGAGGAGAACCGUUACCUCUUCUCCCUGCUGGUGAAGCCACGCAGUCUUCUGAUCCUGCAGGAUGAAAUGUACCAGCGUCUCCUUCAUGGCAUCCAGCCGCACGCCCAGGACACGCUGACAGACAAGGUGGUGAACCUGUCUGCCUCUGGGGCCCUGCCAGGAGAGACACUGACACGAGACACCAGAGUGUCACUGACAAUACGACAUGUGCCUAAAGUCAUAAAGACAAAGCUUGUACUGGGAAGGAAAUGAAGAAAGACUGCAUGUUGACAUGAUAGUUUGUUGUCGUACAACAUGUUGUGUUUGAUAUUUACACCAUCAAGCGUAAUAUCAAUGGACAUGUAAUCCAUGCAGCGCCGCACACAUAAAAUAUAAAUGAUGUUCUAAUAUUGGUUGUGCUCGGUAUAUGCAUUGUUUACUUUAUGGAUUUACUUCACAAAAGAGCUCAACCAGUCCAGAAUAAAUAACAAGAAAGUGCAGUACAGAAAGGCCAGAGAUAUGAUUGAGGUUCAUUUAGAAACAAUGUCAUACAUAGUUUGUCCACCAGAGAGCACUGACAAGUUUAUUUUUACACUGUAAAAUGUAUUAGUCUGUACAUAUCUUCAUCAUAACUCUUUAAUGACCAAAUUUAAAGGGACAGUCCACCAAUCUUAAAACAUGAAAUUCAGUUUACUAAUCAUCAGUUUACUAAUCAUGAUUAGCUUGACCCUCAUGAGGGACAAGAAGUCCAGAUAUCUCUUCUUCUGCAUCAGUGUUGACCAUUCCUUUUUUAAACCUGUCUCUUAUGAAUCCAUUAGCCUUAUGAAAGUGCUGGAGUUGUUCUUUAACGAUUACUCAUCAAAACAGUUAAUAUUAAAUAUUGGCAAAUAUAUAUUACUAUCAGACUUUUUUUUUUUAACUCUCACUUGUCAAUAUCAGUAUCUGCCUUGAACUUUCUGUAUCAGUUGGGCUCCACUAUAAACAUUUACUUUGCACAAUAAUGUUUGUGUUGCUCAGUGUGUUUGUUUGUGUCCAUGUAGUCCAAAUCAAAUGUAAUCCAAAUGUUUCAUUUGACACACAUACAGGAAAAAUUGACAAUGCAUCAGUUAUCAGUAGCACCUUAAGUAUGUCACUUAUUAAACAGAGAGAGGAUUUACUAUAAGUUCACUGUUAUCCCUGA